AAUUAAAAGAAGAAAAAAACAGCCAUUCAAUAAUCUGCACUCAUAUCUUUUUUCUCAAAUACCAAACAUUGAAGAUCAAUCACAGAUUGGUGGGUUGGAAAGCAAUCCCAUUGUAAUUGGAAUGGACGGAGCAAUUUUAAAGACAGUUACCUUCAAUCUUCUGUUGGUUCUUUCAAUCUGCAGCGUUCUGUAUGCACAACCAGAAUUCAUCAGCCUGGACUGUGGCGCAUUAGAUGGAUAUGGUGAUGCAGGUGGCAUUGGCUGGACCUCAGAUGAACAAUACAUUAAUUCAGGUGAAAAAAGAAGCAUUUUGACUGACCAGUCAGAGGUGGGGCAGCCAUUCAAACAUCUUCGCUGUUUUCCUCAAGGCAAGCGAAAUUGCUACAAUUUACCUGCUGUGCGGGGAAGAAAAUACUUAAUCCGCGCGUGUUUCUUAUAUGGUAACUAUGAUGGCCGUGAGUCACAACCACAAUUUGAAUUGCUGGUUGACGCCAAUUUUUGGGCCACUGUUGUAAUAAACAAUAGUAACAAGACCAUUUGCAAAGGAAUAAACGCCAUGGCAAGAGGUCCCUCCAUUAAUGUGUGUCUUGCUCGCAGUACGGAUGAUGUUCCUUUCAUUUCAACCUUGGAAUUUCGCCUGCUCAUGCCAGCUAUGUAUGAGGUUGUAGGACAAUAUCUCUCUUUAAUCAGCACAGUACACAUGGAUUAUGGAAUAUUGUCAGAAAACCCUAAUAUAAGGUAG